ACGACUUUUAUAUUUGCCAUAAACCAAAACAAACAUGUCAGAGCCACAGUCUCGAAACAAUUCUGCUAAACAGUCUAGUAGACCAGUGUCAGGGAGACAGUCCUCUCACUCUGUGAAGAACACCAAUGUCCCCGCCAGGAGUGGAUCCGGGAAUUUAUCAUCCUCCAGGGGUGGAUCUGGUAUCAGGGAUCUGGCAAGCAAGGAGGAGGAAUACAAGAAAUUGAAUGCAGCAUUGGAGGCAAAGACAGCCAAUCUAGUGGCAGAAGCUGAAGAAGUCUUGAGAGAACAAGAAUCAGUGCUUUCAAAGUCUCGUCUUCUUGACAACAUCAAUUCUGAAGAGUUCCUCAAAGAAUUUGAUGAUGAUAUCACUGGACCAAAUGAGAACACUGAAACCUCACCAAAGCCAUCCUCAAGACCUAGUUCUAAAAUGACCAAUCAGAUUCGACCUUUGUCAACCAAUCAGAGUCGAGCACAGUCCAAAACCAAACGUCCAAUUUCUGCAAAAUCACGACCUCGCAGUACAAAAUCAAACAUAGCUGAUGAUGUAGCUGUCCCUGACGAAGCCUUCAUGACAGACUUCAAGAACUUCUCCCUACAGAAUACGGUGGCCAACAUAGAAGGUCAGAUGGACAGCGGUGAUCUCCCUUUGGACGAGGAUGACGAUGUUAUACCACAGGCUGCUGCUGAUAUGGGAACAGAGGCAACCAUCCGUUUUCUAAAGGCUAAGUUACGUGUCAUGCAGGAAGAGGUUGACAGACUGUCACAGGAAUGUAACAAAAAGGAUGAAACAAACACAGGUUUAUCUUCCCGCAUUAAAGAGUUGGAGGAGGAAAGGGGUCGUCUUCACAGAACAAAUGCAUCGCAGCAGUCACAGAUGGAUAAAUACAAAAAAAUGGCAGAGGAAGCGCGGAGUAAAUCAGAGAGUAUGGAAGGACAGCUAACUGCCGUUCGCAAGGAAUUGGAGCAGUUGAAGCGACAACAGAAACAACAGACAACUUCCCAGAGUGCAACAGAAGUUCGACUGAAUCGAGCGCUGGAGGAAAUCGAGAAAUACAAAGAACAGCUGUCUAAACACAAGUCUUCAUCUAGGGAAUCUACAGAGCAAGAGAGGAAGAGACUGGAGCAGUUAGUGGCCGACAACAAGAGACUCGAGAAACAGAAGAACGAGCUGAUGGCCGGCUUCAAGAAGCAACUCAAACUCAUUGACGUACUCAAAAGACAAAAGAUGCACAUAGAAGCAGCUAAAAUGUUGUCAUUUUCUGAGGAGGAAUUUGUGAAAGCCUUGGAGUGGGGAAGUUAGAGACCGGUGUAUACAUGUGUGUUGUAUGUUAUUGUGUAUGUUAGUGACUGGUGUAUACAUGCACAUGUGUGCUGUAUGUUAUCUGUGUGUGUCAAAAGAUGUCUACAUAUCUUAUACAGUAGUAUGGUUAGUGUUUAUAUUGUUGAAAAAAAACAUAAAUAAAAUAGUCAAAAAAAUU